GUGGCCACGCUUGCGCAUCAUUCACCUGAGGAAGGGCUGGUCUUGGUCUGUUGGUUUGGUUGUGUGUAGAGCUAGUGACAGUGAAGUUCCACCUUCCGCACAACCGCCGCGAUCAUAGAAUGGCUGGUCUGUUUCCGUCCCUCCUCCUCCUCCUCGUCCCUCUCUCCCUGACCGCCCUCGCCGAAGCUUCUCCCUCUUCUACCCACGACAAAUUCCUCCCUGACAAGAUUGCCAGGGAGCUGGCUGGCUACCAGGACGUUGUGGAGCAAAUAGUCGACUAUGCAGUCAACGGUCCGGGGCAGAAUCAGUCGUACGACCGCCUGGCCACGUUUACCGACGCAUUUGGCAGCAGGCUCUCAGGGACACAGAACCUGGAGAACUCCAUCGACUACAUGUUAGAGUACCUCCGCAAAGACGGACUGGACAACGUUCACGGAGAGGACGUCAACGUGACACGCUGGUUGCGAAACCAGGAGAGCGCCCGAUUGGUCGAACCGAGGGAUUACGUCAUCGCUAUCAGCUCCCUGGGGUCGUCGGUGGGUACCCCGGAGGAGGGGAUACUGGCCUACGCUAUUGUGGUGAGGUCGUUUGACGAGCUUGUGACACGAAUGGACGAGGUGACAGGGAAAAUAGUGGUCUUCAAUCAAGACUAUGAGGGUUACCCCAAAUCAGCAAUUUAUCGUGUGGCGAGUGCCUCGCGAGCCGCAGAGUUUGGAGCAGUGGCCACACUCAUUAGAAGCGUUGCUCCUUUCUCCAUCCACAGUGUCCAUACUGGCAUACAGUUCUACAAUGAGAGUCUUCCAAAGAUCCCCACUGCAUGUAUCACCAUCGAAGACGCCGAGAUGCUGUACAGGAUGGAGCAGAGGGGUACUAGAUUGAGGAUUCAGCUGAUAAUGGGAGCAGAGAACCUGAAUAUGACGCGGUCGAGGAACACCGUCGCAGAGAUUACUGGCUCCGUCUACCCCGAACAGGUGGUGGUUGUGAGUGGGCACAUCGACAGUUGGGACGUUGGUCAGGGAGCCAUGGAUGAUGGGGGAGGUGUCUUCAUCUCCUGGCAGGCCCUCACCACGGUCAGAGCCCUGGGCCUGAAGCCCAAGAGGACUCUGCGACUGGUGCUGUGGACAGACGAGGAGGCGGGGGGAGUUGGGAGUCAGCAGUACUACGACGCCCACAAGACAGAGGCCGGCAACUACAGCGUUCUGCUGGAGAGUGACGAGGGGGUCUUCACUCCCUACGGAAUGGAGUUUACUGGCUCCGGCGCUGCCAUGAUGGUUAUUACUGCAGCAUAGCUGGUGGUAAUGGAGGGAGAUCCGUCAUUAAUAAUAGUUUAUUUAGUAGACUAACAUGUGCCCCUCACUUGAAAUCACACUAAGGUAUGCAAUUACGAUUAGAAGUAGACUUUGACACUAGACCCAAAAUUCCCCACUCCGUCAGUUUUCCCCUGGUAUUAUUAUACGGUCUAAAGACAACACUUAAUUGAGGACAACUCUAAUCAUGCCACCUUUUCUUUCCAUAAGAACAGCUAUUUUUCAAAUGUAAUCACUCUUCUGAAAUAGACACUUCCUUCUUUCCCAUCGGAUUCCAUAGUUAUGGUGAUAUAUAAUAAUUGCCCACUCGUAUAGAAUGUAAUCUGGUCGUGAUGAAAAUGCAGGUGAUGGAAGGUAUUGGAAAGCUGUUGCCAGAAUUUCUCAAUUCUUCUGUCAUUUACGCAGGAGGUGGAGGUACAGAUGUGGGUUGGUGGAGAGCCAGUGGUGUUCCAACUGGGAGUAUAGCCAACCACAACGAGCACUAUUUCUAUUUCCACCACUCUGACGGAGACACUAUGACAGUUCUGGAUCCCCACCAGAUGGACCUCUGCAGCGCCGUCUGGACCGCCUUUGCCUAUGUACUGGCUGACAUGGAUGACCUCCUGCCCCGGGACUAGAUGAUUACUACUUGAAUGAUGGACAUGAGAAAUAUUAAUAACUGUGCUUAUUAUUAACAUAAAAGCCUACCCUUUGUGUUUCUUAAUUUUGGCAGCUUAUUCACACACCCAGUUCAGUAUGGCCGCAUAAUUAUUAACAUUUACGUUUGUGUUUUACAGAGCAGCAACAAUAAAGUUAUAUACGUAGUGGCAAAAAUA